AUGGAGCCCCCUUCGAGAAGCUCUCGACCGGCCGAACCUGAAAAUGGCCGAUCCAGUGGUAAGGGGCCGAAGGCUGAUCGGGCUAUCACUUUAAGAUUGGCUCCACAUUCUCCGAGUAAGGCAUCUGCUCCACAACCCCAAGGAAACAAAAGUGUUCAGUAUCACUUAGAUGGUGGUCGGAACUAUCGUAACACUAAUUGCUUCAUUGUCGAUAAACACCGAAGCCUCGUGGAUGGUCGGCGUACCCAUACAAAGCUAAUUGGAAACCAGCAUAGCCCAAAUCUAAACUUGUCCAAGAGCUCAAUUUGCGGCACCUAA